AUACUACCCUUCUGGCUGCAGAUCAUAUCCGUCAUCUGCCUUCUCAUCUUCUCCGGACUGUUCAGCGGUUUGAAUUUGGGCCUGAUGGCUCUCGACGUCACUGAAUUAGACAUCCUCAUCAACUCAGGAACCAAACAAGAGAAAAAAUACGCCAGGGCUAUUUUGCCGCUGAGAAAAAAAGGAAACUUUUUGUUGUGUACCAUACUGUUGGGAAAUGUGUUGGUGAACAACACGUUGACGAUUCUACUGGACGAUUUGACGGGCAGUGGAUUGGUGGCCAUCUUGGGGUCAACUGUGGCCAUCGUUGUCUUCGGAGAGAUCAUUCCGCAAGCUAUAUGUUCGAGAUAUGGAUUGAUGGUUAUAGGCGCGAAAACAAUUUGGUUCACGAAAUUUUUCACCAUCCUUACCUUCCCUCUGUCUUAUCCAAUCAGUUUGAUCCUUGACUGUAUUCUCGGCAAAGAAAUAGGGUACGUCUUCAAUAGAGACAGGUUGAGAGAACUGAUCAGAGUGACUGAAGAUAAGAUUGAUUUGGAGAGAGACGAGCUAAAAAUCAUAUCGGGCGCUUUGGAUCUGUCGAAAAAAACAAUUGCUGACGUCAUGACGAGGAUUGAUGAUGUAUACAUGAUAGAGGAGAACAGUUUACUGAACUUUGAAACUCUCAACCAAAUCAUUUGCUCCGGCUACUCACGGAUACCAGUGUACAGUGGGAGCCGCCACAACAUCGUCGCCAUCUUUAACGUUCGGGAUCUGGCAUUCGUUGAUCCGGACGACUGCACGCCACUGAAGACGAUCCUCUCCUUCUACAAACACCCACUCCAUUUCUGUUCCAUCGACACCAGAUUGGACGUUAUACUUCAAGAGUUUAAGAAAGGUUUCAACAACAUUGAGAAAACAAUAACGGAAGCUGAUGAUGUGGCUCCUGAGGACGAGACUCCUGACAAUGUCGGCAUCGUCACACUUGAAGAUGUCAUUGAGGAAAUCUUGCAGUCAGAAAUCGUUGACGAAUUUGACAUGAUAUCUGACAAUCGAGCAAAGUCUCCAGUGAAGAAGAGGACAACCUUCGACUUCUCCUUGCUUCACAAGAGUAGCAAACACAACUUGCUGUCGCCGCAGAUGGCGCUGGCCGCUUUCAGAUUCCUAUCUUCAUCCGUUUCAGCUUUCCAUCCCGACAUCAUAUCAGAAAACGUCCUGCAACGACUACUGAAAGAGAACGUGGUGAAGGUCUUGAACCUGAAAUCCUCGGCCUGCCACUACCUCUACCAACUGAACAGCCCCACCGACCACUUCAUCAUGCUACUGGAGGGGAGGGUGGAGGUCGAGUUCGGCAAGGACAAGGUCACUUUUGAGGGCGGGCCAUUUGUUUACUUUGGAGUGCAAGCCAUU